AUAAUCGAUAACAGUAGCUGCGACUCCAGCUCUACAUCUUUCAAUUUUUGUUUAUAUCCGUGACAAUAAUAAAUAAGCACCAUGCGCGAUGAAAUUUUGGACCCAAGCAACUUGGUGAAGAACCGGGAGAUCCUGUACCGCUUGAUGAUAAGCCAGCUGAUGUACGAUGGCCUCGAGAAGUUCGCCAUGGAGCUGUCCAUGUUAGUGAAGGCGGAUCAGUGUGCUCCGAGCGAACGCCUCUUGCACGUCAUGAUUGCCGGGAUGCAGACUCUCAGCGACAAGGACAAGACCCAGACGGAUGAUGUUUUGCCGGGGAUAGACCUCGAGUUCGAGCCGGAGGCCUCGGCGCUGGCCCCGGAGCCCCACUCCUACGAAACGGCAUAUGUGACCUCGCACAAGCAGGCCUGUCGCGCCGGCGCCUUCAGCUGCGAUGGCUCCUUGGUGGCCACCGGGAGCGUGGAUGCCAGCAUCAAGAUUCUGGACGUGGAGCGCAUGCUGGCCAAGUCGGCACCCGAAGACAUUGAGCCCGGUAGGGAGCAGCAGGGUCAUCCGGUGAUUCGAACGCUCUACGAUCAUACUGACGAGGUGUCCUACCUGGAGUUCCAUCCCAAGGAGCACAUCCUGGCCUCCGCCUCGCGGGACGGCACUGUCAAGCUCUUUGACAUAGCAAAGCCAUCAGUAAAGAAGGCCCACAAGGUGUUCACCGACUGUGAGCCGGUGCUGUGCCUCUCCUUCCACCCCACUGGUGACUACGUGGCCAUCGGCACGGAGCACAAUGUUCUGCGGCUGUACGAUGUGCAGACCACCCAGUGCUUCGUAAGUGCCAUUCCCUCGCAGCAGCACAAGGCAGGCGUUACCUGCGUGAAGUACUCACCCACCGGAAAACUGUAUGCCACUGGGAGCUACGACGGCGACAUCAAAAUCUGGGACGGGAUCAGCGGAAGGUGCAUCAACACCAUCGCCGAGGCGCACGGCGGUGCGGCCAUCUGCUCACUGGAGUUCACGAGGAACGGGAAGUACCUACUCUCUUCGGGCAUGGACUCGCUGGUCUACCUGUGGGAGCUGUGCACCAGUCGCCCCAUCCAGACGUACACGGGUGCUGGAACCACUGGCAAGCAGGAGCACCAGACGGAGGCCGUGUUCAACCACACCGAGGACUACGUACUCUUCCCUGACGAAGCCACUACUUCGCUUUGCUCUUGGAACUCGCGUAAUGGCUGCCGGCUGACACUGAACUCCCUUGGACACAAUGGACCUGUGCGCUACAUAACCCACUCGCCCAACGCACCAGCAUUCCUCACCUGCUCCGAUGACUUUCGGGCGCGCUUCUGGUACCGAAGAGCCAAUAAUCAGUAAAAUAUGAGGCCUGCCAGUUCGAAUAAAAUAUUUAUGAAAACGAA